UGAGACUUUAGAAUAAUUAACACCACCCACCACUUUCCCAUUCAAACUCCUUUUUUCAUGCUACCCAUAUUCAAUAAAGCCACAACCAAAGCAGAAAAGACACACAGCAUCUCUCUCCUUGUCUACCUCUUUCUACACAUCAACAUGGGCUCCAAUAACGCUCCUUUGGAAUUCUCAUACACCUUGCUGCCGCUGCUGCUGCUGCUUCUUGGCUUUGCAAGCUCAAACUUGGACCAAGAUAGAGCAGAAUGUGCAGAUCAACUAGUCGGUCUCGCCACAUGUCUUCCUUACGUCGGUGGCGAUGCCAAAACUCCCACCCUAGACUGUUGCACCGGAAUCAAGCAAGUCCUUGAGAAGAGCAAGAAAUGCUUGUGCGUCCUAAUCAAGGACAGAGAUGAUCCCAAACUUGGCCUCAAGAUAAACGCAACUCUCGCACUGGGACUCCCUAACGCCUGUCAUGCACCCUCUAACAUAUCCGAGUGUGUUUCCCUUCUGCAUUUGUCACCUAAUUCAACGGAGGCUAAAAUAUUCGAGGGACACUCAAACAGCACCAAAGGGAGCAGUACGGCAACGGUUGCCAGUGUUAAAGGGAACUCCACCGGCAAUGGAUCAAGUAGUGCUGAAGAAAAAAGCGAUGGUGGCCGAGUGGGAAAGAUGUGGUUGGGAGCAGAGAUCGUCUGUGGAAUUCUGCUAUGGUUUUUCACACCAUACCCACCGUUUUAAGUUUGCUGGAGAGAACAAAUCCUGGUUUGGCCGAGAGCCAAGACCUACUCGGUUUGCUCAUAGGAGAGCUUUAUACUCCUGCGAAAUUUCUCUUUUGUCCUUACGGUUCUAGUGAUGGACAACCUCAAAUUAAUCCUGAUUAUUGUCAAUUUGGUCCUAUCAUGUUAGAUUCCAUCCCGAGUAACUUUGAAUUGCUACGAAUCCAAUACAAAUAAGUAAGCAGGUCAAUCAUCUUGACCCAACCCGA